ACGGGCGCACGUCUGGGCAGGGCGGGCUCAGAGGGUGGAAUCGCCGAAGGGGCUGGCUCGGCAGCCGACCACAACCAUCGCUCGGCUGGGUAGUCUCUCCAACUACAGUCCAAUCGUGAUCCCGCCGUCGCGCAUCGAGCCGCUCUGCUCGACUCCCAGGCUCGCCGGGCCUCCCGUUCGCUCUGGUCCCGCCCCCUGUACGCACUGUACUUCAUUGUCCGCAUGCCCGCACGGUGCUCCACGGGAGCGCGCGCGCGCGCGCAGCCCUGUUUGCUUCGCCGCGGCGUUGUGGUCCACUCCUCUUCUCCCACUUCAGUGUCUGACGUAACGCCGUGGUGGGUGACACACACACAGAGGGGGUACGAGUAUAUCGCAACAAGACAGCGUCUAUGGUAAGGUUCUGAUUAGGAUAUGGAGGGCAGAACGACGUGGAGCGAUCGGAGAUGGCGAUUAAUGAGAGGAAACACAGAUUGAUGAAGAAGACAGCCAGCUGUGGAUAGAUAGGCGUGUACUGAUUGAUACGAAGGAGAUUGUGGCGUGCGUGCGUGCGGACGAAUAAGCAAGGGAUUGAAGGAACGAAGGAACGCACGCGUACUAUUCAAUGCUUUUGCUUUAUUCCUUGGAGCAGCACUGGGCCGCCUCCCUCACCUCUUCAUGUUCCGGACUGUCUUCAUGUUAUUAUACCUCUUCCUUUAGGCGUUCAUAUUUCUCAAGCAUUCAGCUGUCUUUGCACACAUUUGAGAAGCUCAUUGUAGGGAAGUGAAAGGAGGUAGCGGAGGCAAGGAGGCAAGGAGGUACGAAUAAAUCGCGGCGGAGUAAAGAACAGGUCUCGGCGGAGGGCCUGUAGGAAUAGGAAGGAGCGCCCUCGUAUCUCCGCCUCCCCUGUAUUCUUCCUGCCGCCUUGUGAAAUUUCGAUGAUACGUGCGUCGUCGCUGCUACAGUCCGUCCUCUGCUUCAACUGAUGAGACGUCCAAUUUUAUAGGGCGCGUUCGGCCCGGUUCGUGGGCCUGUCUUUCCCUCGCAUUGGGUAUUGCACGGCUCUACCAUUCUCUCGCGGGGUCAGUUGGAUGUUGGGCAGUUGUCUGUAUGCAUGCUCCCCUGCACCGGCAUCAUGGGGGAAGCUGAUUGAUGAAGUGGAGGUGUGAAGGAUGGAAGGCGAGUGACGCAGGCGCGUGAAAGAGGCGAAUGACUGGUGUUCCGUAAACUGUGUCCUCCAUAGGCAUUGUGACUACAUUAUACGUCGAGUCAAGUCUCGGCGGCUGGCGUUGGCACGGGGGAUUAUCUCCGCCUCGUUUUCUUCAGGAUCGAACAGACGGGCACCGUGGAGUGGAGUGGGUGGCCUGCGUCUCCUCUGUUCGUUGACGCAGUACGUCUGCGGACCUGCUUUUUCAGCUACUCUACCUCGGUGGCGCAUUUUCUGUUUCGUCUGUUUGGUUUUCCCGCCCACUCGCGGUUGCUGCCCCUUGCUUGGCGGGAACGGCGGUCAUCGGGAAGCUGUAGUCGGCGGCGACGGUGCUUCUCUUUAUCCUGCUCAUGUCGUCGGCGCUCUCGCUCUGUGUGCAAUUUCUUGAUUGCGGCCGUUGAAAAAUAUCUAUACGUGUUAUCAGCGUGCGGGAGGGCGGAUUGCUCAUCUUUUGGCGGUUGGCGGGGAAGAGAGAGACGGGCGACAAUGCGGUGGUUUGGAGGGAUACCGCCGUUGCUCUGGGCCGUACUGCUGCUGUGCGCGAGUUCGACGUCGCUUGCCCAAUGUCCGCAGGGUUAUUCAGCGGGCUCCAAAUCGGGGCUAUGYCUGUUGGCGGGCGGAGGCCCGAAGACUUUYCUGGAGGCGGAGGCGUUCUGCGCUAGCAACGGGGGUCACCUGGCGACGAUCUUCGACAAAAACGUUUUGAGCGAYGUGCURGAGGCGUGUGCGGCGGCAAAUGGGGGUAACCAAACUUGCUUUGUGGGAGCGCGGGUGGAGCCGGAGACUAGGUAUCCCAACUACAGCUCGUGUUCGAUUGGACAGUCUCAGUCAGAGUGGAUGGGAAGCCGGUGGGUGUGGAGGGACGGGUGCGCGGGCGUUCUGGUGGAUCUGUGGUCUUGGUAUGGCGGCAAUGGCACCGCGCUGAACUACGCGACGGGGGCCACGUGCACGGCCACGCAGGUAAGCGACGGGACAGGAUUGUACCCGGCAUUGUGCGAUCGGACGGCCGGCUUUGUGUGYGCGCAGCCAGGUGGAUGCCCCUCGAUGCCGAUGUCRACUGCGGCGUCUAAGGGAACCGCGCUGAUGGCGGAGCAGGUCGCGGCUCUUCAGAGCAUCAAAUCGGCGGUGGAGUGCGAUGCAUUCAAUCUGCUGGACAGUUGGGAGGGCGACUACGCUUGCACCUACAGGGGCGUGUACUGCUUGAGCACCGGAGAAGUUGUGGGCCUGGUGCUGGAGGAUUUCCAWCUCCAAGGCACGCUGCAUCCUGCCAUCGGCAACUUGACGCAGCUGGGAUUCGUGCACAUUGCCGGGAAUCAUUUUGCGGGGACGCUGCCAGAGGAGAUGAAUCAGCUGAAGCUCCUCGCCGAGCUGGACAUGUCCGACAACGAGUUUGGCGGRCUUUUUCCRAACAUCACGGGACUGACGGGUCUCGUGUAUCUGGACAUGAGGUUCAACAAGUUCUUCGGCCCCAUCCCGGAUUGGGUGUACUCGCUGCCGUUGGACGUGCUGGUACUGAACAACAACAACUUCACGGGCCCGCUGUCUUACGCCGUGGGGGAGUUGAAGAACGCRUCGCUGAUGAUCCUCGCGCACAACAGUCUGAAAAGUGCGAUUCCGGAGAGCAUCGGGCAGCUGCAGAGCUUGGCGCAACUGCUGCUGCUGAACAACUCGCUCGGCAGCAACGAAACGAACAUCACGGACCUGUCGUCGAUUGACUCGAACACGUUCAGCGAGGCUGGCCCCGCGCUCCCGUACUCGAUCACGAACCUGUCGACGCUGCUGCUGUUGGACGUGAGUCGGAACAACCUAGAGGGCGACCUUCCGCCGACUCUUCACAGAAUGCAGGGUCUCGUUGAAAUGGCAUUGAGCAACAAUAUCAUCACCGGCGAGUUUCCGCCGAACAUCACGGCUCUGACGAACCUGACGUCGCUGGACCUGUCCGACAAUGUUCUGCAAGGCGAUGUAGCGCCUGCAUUUGAGAUCCCGAAUCUGAAGACGUUGGUUCUUCGGGGAAACUACUUGACAGGCACGAUACCGAAGAACAACAUCACCUUGGUGGAUGUCAGCGGCAACUGCAUCUUCGAUAACUCAGGUGGAGAGCAGAAGCCCGACGACACUUGCGCCAUCUUCUACGGUCGUGUCGUGUACGAGUUUUGGCGCCAGCCCAAAAACUCGGAGAACGUCGUUCUGCGCUUGUGGGCCAUACGGCCGAGGUAUUUGGUGCGCUUCGUCUUCGCGGGCGGCAAUCACACAAUCAAGGGGACGGGUUCUUCCGUCGACAUGUUCCACGGUCAUGGCACCGACGAUGACGUCCGCGGAGAGGGCUAUACCUUCAGGAGAGUCUUCCGCGGGGAGUCUAUCUAUGGCUACACUUGCGCCGUUCAUCAYAAUCACUUCGGUAGCGUUCGUGUCCUCGAGGARGGAGAGCUGGAGAACAAGACGUUCACGUUCAGCAGUAGGGCGGCGAUCUGCAAGGAGGCGAAUCCAUGCGCGUAUAUUGGAGACAAAGCUGCGCAGUGCAUUAGUCAACCGUCCAACGCCGAUUUUCCUUUCGUCUGUAGCUGCAGUGCCGGUUGGACCUUCAUCGGGUAUUCCUGCUACCCGGGCAAGAGGAGGGCGAAUCCGUACGCGGGUGGCGCGAGCGCUGGAGGAGCGAGGGGAGGGAACAAUAAUGGCGUAAGCAUCGCACCGUCUGCCUCAUCACCCGGCACGGAGAAGCCGACUCUUCCAUCGCCGCCGACUACAUCGGGCUCUUCUUCGUCGGGCGAUGCCAGUGACCCUUGCUCACCUGGAGGUGAGUACUACGCCUCCUGCAGGCGAUACGGUGAUGACAAGGCGAGGUGCCGACUCGAAGUCUGCAAUGAGCCGUUCACGUGCCUCUGCAGUCCCGGCUUCUCUCUGGUGAAAGAUAUACGGCUCGAUGGGAAGCGAAUGUCGACAUGCAAGCCCUUAGACGCUUCAGGAGGGGCCAAGUAAUGAGAGGAGCGUGGGUCGUGAUUAUAGUUAGGAAGAGGGAAAGUUGUCUUCUUCACCUCGCAUUCGUUAUGGCAGUUUGCAUUCGAUUAACAUCUUUGAUGCAUCAUCAUUUCUUAGAGCCGCGCGUGGUCAGUGGAGCCAUCUUCACUCCAUUUGAUGGCAGCAAAGCAUGGCGGGGGCCGGAGUGUGUUCUGCGCUGGGAAGCUCUUCUGGACGAUCACUAGAUAGAGCAUCCGCCAUGCCCUAGAAGGCACCACAAUUCGUUUCAUAAGUGCCCACGAAACAUCAUUUCUGUAUCCGUUCGUCGAUCGUUGAGCGAAGGCUAGAACACGGCUGUGGCUGGACACACCAAGCCACGGAGUGCAAGAACUCUGGGCGUGCGUGUGUGCGCGUGCGUGUAUGUGUGUGCGCGUGCUUGUGUGUGUGUUUGUGUGUGUGUGUGUGUGUGAGUGUGUGUGAGUGUGUGUGUGUGUGUGUGUGUGUGUGUGUGAGAGAGAGAGAGAGAGAGAGAGAGAGAGAGAGAGAGAGAGAGAGAGAGAGAGAGNGAGAGAGAGAGAGAGAGAGAGAGAGAGAGAGAGAGAGAGAGAGAGAGAGAGAGAGAGAGAGAGAGAGGGAGAAGACGCGGAAGAGAGGCGUGGACGGGAGUGCGACGAAAGUACCUUUCAACCGUUUGGUUGAUGAAAAUUACCACAUAAAUUAUAUAGACGGUGUUUGAUGGAAGUUCGAAAAUUUUGUAUAUCUCCAUACCAAAUCUGGCGGUGGCGGGAUCUCGUGACGGCGGCCGGACGCUGGUGUAAUAAAAUAUCGUUGUAUUU